UUCCUCCACUCCCUCACCACUCACCAUGCCUCCCCUCUCCGAUGAGCCCCACCCUCACCACACCCUCCGCCUCCACCACCCUCGCCACUUCCAGUUCGAGUCCAUCCGUAAGGUCCCAGACUCCCACGCAUGGCCCGACCUCCAUGACCACCCGUCCGUCGAGCCGUCCGGGCCAGACUCCGUGCCCGUGGUCGACCUUGCCAGCCCCGACGCCCUUCUGCUCGUGGGCAGGGCCUGCCAGGAUUUUGGCGUGUUCCAGAUCACUAGCCAUGGCAUCCCCACGGACCUCCUUGACCGCCUCGAGUCCCAAAUCCGGCGACUCUUCUCCCUUCCCACCCACCAGAAGCUCAAGGCCGCUCGUUCUCCCGGUAGCAUCUCAGGCUACGGCCUCGUCCCCAUCUCUUCUUUCUUCCCCAAACUCAUGUGGUCCGAGGGCUUCACCAUCGCCGGCUCCCCUCUCGAGCAUGCUCGCAAGCUGUGGCCCAACGAAUCCUACGCUGAAUUCUGUAAUGUAAUAGAAGAAUACAGCAAGGUGAUGAAGAAGCUGGCCGGAAGGUUGAUGCACUUGAUGCUUCUUUCCCUGGGCCUCACGGAGGAGGAUAUCAGUUGGGCCGGCCCCACAAAAGACUCGGGAGACUUAUCCACCGUGAUGCAGCUCAACUCCUAUCCGGCCUGCCCCGAGCCAGACCGUGCCGUGGGCCUCGCCGCCCACACCGACUCGAGUCUCCUCACCGUGCUCUACCAGAGCAGAACGAGCGGUCUCCAAGUUCUCCGGCCCGACCCACCCAGGUGGGUGACCGUGCCUCCCCUUCCCGGCGUCCUCAUCGUCCACGUCGGCGACCUCUCUCACAUCCUCUCCAAUGGCCGGUUUCGAAGCGUCCUACACCGGGCCGUCGUCAACCGGACGCACCACCGUCUCUCCGCGGCGUAUAUAUGCGGGCCGCCGGCCCAUGUCAAAGUGUCACCGGUCAAAAAGCUCCUUGGCCCGAGCCAGGGCCCGGCCUACCGGGCAGUGACAUGGCCCGAGUACCUCGCCCUCAAAGGGAAGCUCUUCAACGAGGCUCUUGCUUCGAUAAAACUUUGCGAAGAGCAAUGGGAGGAUCGCAGCAACUAACGAUAUUUACCUCCUUUCAACGCUAAUCGUUUUGAGGGUGCUCACGUAUUCACGUCUGGCUGGGAAGCAAAGGCAUAAGCAUCAUAAUUCAUAAGACUAGGAGUGAGAGAGCAUUGAAAUUGUGGAAAGAGGACUGGGGAGUGAAUUUGUUCCUUCCUGUUAACUGUACGUGUUGGUUUCGAGAGACGAUGUGGCCAGCAAGGCCAAGGAGGAGCUAAGGAUCAAAUCAGAUCAGAUCAGAUGAGUGAGGACAAGGAGUGCAUGCAAACAAAACGUCCUUGUUCCCAUGUUGUCUUUGGCUCUUCGAGAAAAAGUAGGAAAAUUUUAAAAAAUGCGGAAGAGAUUUGGAA